GAUUUCCUGCAAUACAGAGCCUCAUCCAUUAGUGUAGGGGCAGGGAUCCAGGCCAUCUUCCUACAGGGCAGGAAUCUACUGCUGCUCUCAGCCCGUCAUCCCUUCUCCAGUGCAGGGCAGCAUGACUGGCCAUUCCGCGGCCAGCUGGCCUCAUUCCUCUCGUCCCUGAAUGCCCUCGCCGAAGGGCGACCCUGUCCCUGUGGCAUGUCCUGGGGUGCUGCACGCAGCUCUUGUCAUUUCCUAAAUGCCUUCCUCGUCCCCGUUGACGAGGGGGCGCACAGACAGAAUGAAAGGGAGUCCUUCCACAGAGGGGCUGAGCUUCAGGAGGAACUUGUUGGGGGCCGUCUAAUCCCACAGAUGUUUUGUGCUUGCCUGCUACCGCCCUCCUCUUUCCAGCGGGUGGAACACAUUCCCAAGGGGAACAACUGUCUGGACGCGGCCAAGGCCUGCAACCUCGACGACACCUGCAAGAAGUACAGGUCUGCGUACAUCACCCCGUGUACCACCAGCAUGUCCACUGAUGUCUGCAACCGCCGCAAGUGCCACAAGGCCCUUCGGCAGUUCUUUGACAAGGUCCCGGCCAAGCACAGCUACGGGAUGCUCUUCUGCUCCUGCCGGGACAUCGCCUGCACAGAGCGGAGGCGACAGACCAUCGUUCCCGUGUGCUCCUAUGAAGAGAGGGAGAAGCCCAACUGUCUGAAUCUACAGGAUUCCUGCAAGACGAAUUACAUCUGCAGAUCUCGCCUUGCGGAUUUUUUUACCAACUGCCAGCCAGAGUCAAGGUCUGUCAGCAGCUGUCUAAAGGAAAACUACGCUGACUGCCUUCUCGCCUACUCGGGGCUUAUUGGCACAGUCAUGACCCCCAACUACAUCGACUCCAGUAGCCUCAGCGUGGCCCCAUGGUGUGACUGCAACAACAGUGGGAAUGACUUGGAAGAGUGCUUGAAAUUCUUGAAUUUCUUCAAGGAUAACACAUGUCUUAAAAAUGCAAUUCAAGCCUUUGGCAAUGGCUCUGAUGUGAUUGUGUUGCAGCCAGCCCUCCCAGUACAGACCACCACUGCCACCACUACCACCACCACCUUCCGGGUCAAGAACAAGCCCCUGGGACCAGCAGGCUCCGAGAAUGAAAUCCCCACUCAUGUUUUGCCACCAUGUGCAAAUUUACAGGCACAGAAGCUGAAAUCCAAUGUUUCGGGCAGCACACACCUCUGUCUUUCUGAUCAUGAUUAUGAAAAGGAUGGUCUUGGUGCUUCCAGCCACAUAACCACAAAAUCAAUGGCUGCUCCUCCAAGCUGCAAUCUGAGCCCACUACUGGUUCUGGUGGUAACUGCUCUGUCCACCCUAUUUUCUUUAUCUUUGGCAGAAACAUCGUAGCUGCAUUAAACACCAACAACAACAACAACAACAACAACAAACAGUAUGGACAUGUACAAAGACAAAAACCAAGUUAUCUGUUUCCUGUCCUCUUGUAUAUCUGAAAUUCCAGUUUUAGGAGCUCAGUUGAGAACCAGUUCCUCCCAACUGGAAUUUUCUUUUUCUUUCUUUCUUUCUUUUUUUUUUUUUUAUUUUAAGAAAGCUUCUUGUGAUCCUUAGGGGCUUUUGUGGAAAAUCUGAUGCAAUGCUACAUUCCAAACUCAGAAGGCUUUGUGACAUGCUGUAUUUUAAAGGGUCAGUUUGUAAAUUUGACUUUAAAGCAAACUGGGGUCAUGUUUUUCAUGAUGAUGAGGAGGAGGAGAAUGAUUUUAGUAGUUUUACUUCUGGCCUUUACUAGCCAGAGAAGAAGUUAAUAUUUCUAAAGAAUCUUCUAUAUCUCAUGUAAUGGCUUUGAUUUCUAAUGACAUAAACUGCAGUCUGACACGAACGCCAAGCUUUUUGUGCCACAAAGCGAAGGUUCUCAUCAAGAGAGAACCUUGUGGAAACAAGCUUGUACUGAUGUUCACUUUUCUAUAUGUACUAGCAUUUUCCAUGCUGAUUGUUUAUGUACUAUAAACAGUUCUGCACUCUCCUCCCAGACAAAAAACACCUAUCAUAUCCAAAUAUAGUAUCUGUCUUUUAGUCAAAAUAGAGAGGGGGAAUGGGUGUGCAAUGUCAUGGUACCUCGAUCACUGAGUGACACUCUCCUGAUCCUAAGCCUUACCUGAGAAGUCCUUAACCUAACAAGAGUCAAAUAUAGCUGUCGCAUUGCUCUAAUACUCUUUACACUUAUGAGGUUAUAUGUAGAAAAAAAUUUUACUACUAAAUGAUUUCAACUAUUGGCUUUCUAUAUUUUGAAAGUAAUGAUACUGUCUUCAUUUUUUUACUGAUGGUUUAAUACAAAAUACACGGAGCUUGUUUUACCCUCA